AUGAAUAGAGAAAGAAGAUUAGAAUUAUAUAACUUAAAUAAUGAAAGUUGGAUACAUGCGCCAUGUUAUCCAAACCUAUCAAAAAAACUAGAUUCUAGUAUUAAAAAAAAUACAGGAUUUAUUAAAAAAUUAAGACAAGGUAUUUUCAAAGAAUCAUUAUCUAGUUUACAAUCUGAUUUAUGCAAUGUUCAAUUAUCAAAAUAUUUAAGUGAAAUUACUACAACUUUGGUAGAAGGUUUAAAAAAAAUACCUAAUAAAAAUGAUGACGUUUUUGCUUGUAUAGAGGUAAUUAGUGGGUUACACCAAAGAUUUGGUGCUGAUUUUACCCCAAAAUUUAUGGUUUUAUGGUUGCAAAAUUUUGAUAUUUCAGCAUUACCUGCUGAUGAAAAGGAGACUUGUACCAAACUAAAAUUUAUUUCUUCUCAAUUAAGAAUUUUUACGGAAUUAUUAUUGUGUGGGAUAGUUUCCUCUUCAGCGUCUUUUUUUCUAGAUUAUAAAAAUGAAUUCCCCAGUUUUAUCUUAGCAAGACUUGAAAAAAAAGAUCCACUAUUGAUCUGUGUAUUGAAAGAAAUUUUGAAUUAUAAAUUUAAAAAUGGGUUAACCACUCAAAUAAUAGCUACAAAAUUUGUCAAAAAUUUCCCUGAAUUUUUCCAUGAUGAAGGGGGAGAGGAAUCUAUAUUGGUCAAAGAUUACGGCGUCAAUGAAAAAUCAAUUUAUAUGGUUAGGCAAAUGUUUACUUUAUUAACAGAGGCAGCGAUUAAUCAGACCGUUGAUUUAAACAAAACAUUAAGAAAGUUAAUGAAAGAACAUGAAAAAGCACAAAUCAGAACAGGUAAAUUAACAAAUGAAUAUACUGAAAAGUACGAUGAAUUGAAAAUAAUCUAUGAUAGGUUUCAUGCCUCCUGUGAGAUAUUGGCACCAGAAUUAGGGUUAAAUUUACCCGCUAUGUCCUCAGAUUUCACUAACGAUAUUGUUACAAAUGAAGCCGGUAGUGAAGAGACCACAAACGAAAUAACCGCUAUUAGCAGCAAUAACGAUAUGAUUACGAAUAAGGUAAAACCAGCCUUUGAAAGAAUAUGGGAAAAUGAAGAAACUAGAAAAUUUUAUGAAGUUCUACCUAACAUGGAAAAUUUUGAACAACCAGAAAAUACUGCCACCAAAAUUAAUGAUAAAAGACAGCAAGAUAUCAGAAAUGUAUUUUUCAAUCAUUUGGAAACUUGCGAAACCGCUGAAACGAUUGACGCAUUAGCCAAAGAGUACAUUCAAGAGAAUUUGGAUAAUAAAGCCACCAGGAAAAGAUUACUGAAGUUUUUUAUGGAAUCACAGGAUUGGAGCAAGAUCAGGUUAUAUUCUCGUUUCUUAGUAAUUUUCAAUAACCUAAUGCCUGAGAUUUUAGAAGAGCUAACCAAUUAUUUGGAUAGUGGGUUUAGAAGCCAAUUACACACAAACAAAAUUAACGUUAAAAAUAUUAUUUUUUUUGCUGAAAUGACAAAGUUUAAAAUGCUACCUUCAUUCAUGAUUUUCCAUAAGAUUAGAACUUUAAUUUUAAAUUUGAAUGUUCCUAAUAACAUUGAAAUUUUAACCAUAUUAAUUGAAAAUAUGGGGAAAUAUCUUUUGAAUAGUCCAGAACAUAGGGAGCAGAUGUUAAAAAUGGUGGCUAUGAUCAAAGAAAAACGGAAGGAGUUUCAUUUAUCAUUAAAUAAUAAGCAACAAUUGGAUGGCAUUUUAUUAAUAUUAUUUCCACCAGAUAUGAGAAAAUUAAAAGAGAAUGAAAAAACUUUGACAUCAGAACAGAUUUUUUUGAAGAUAUUAAUUAGGAAAGAAUUGGACUAUUUUGAAACCAAAAUUGUGACCAAUUUGAUUAGGAAAUGUAAUUGGAAAGAUCCUCAAACGUAUGAAUUUCUAUUGGAUUUAUUUUGCAAACCUGAAUUAAUAAGUUAUAAUUAUAUCCCGAAACUAGCCAAGAUUGUGUCUUUAUUACAGAAUUUUUAUAAAAAAUUUACAAUUGAAUGCAUUGAUACAACUUUGGAACAGAUACAACUUGGUUUGGAACUAAAUGAUAUGUCGAUGAAUAUGACCAGAAUUGCACAGGUUAAAUAUUUAACUGAAUUUUUCAACACAGAUUUAAUCAAGUUUAAUAUCAUUUUAGAUCAUUUGUAUAAAUUUGUUAAGUUUGGGUACUCAUCUCAAGGUUUGUUAUCAUUUGAAUCCAACCCGUUGGACAUGCCAAAUAAUUACUUCCGGAUUUCCUUAAUUCAUAUUGUCUUGUGUGGAAUUUCUGAAAAUAAGAAAGUUGUUGGAAGCAAAUUUAUUAGACAUAAGUUAGAGUUGUAUAUGAGAUUUUUUGAGUAUUAUAUUUUUUUCAAGAAAAGGAGUUUAAGCGAGACAGGGAAUAUUGAGUUCCCCAAAGCUGUUGAGUUUAAAAUUGCCCAAAUAUUUGAAAAGUUUCCAUUACAAGAUGUUUCCAGCAGUUUGGAAGAAAGUGGUGCCAAAUUAACUAGUAUGUUACAAAAGAUGGACGAAUAUAAAAAUUUAGGCGAUGAAGAAGAGGGAGAUGUAGAGAACGAGGGAAGUGAAGGUAAAAAUGAAAUUGAUGAGUUGGAUGAUAUAAUAAAUGCUGAAGCUAGCGAAUUGAGUGAUGUUAGUGAGGACGAAAAGUACUAUUCUUCCGAUGCAGAAGAGGGAGCAAGUGGCAACGAAGAAGAUAAUGGUGAUAAGUUAGGUGUUCUUUCUACUUUUAUCUCCAGUGUUUCUGAUUUGUCAACUGGGUCUAGAUCUGACUCUGGCUCUGGCUCUGACUCUGACUCCAAUUCUGACUCUGAUUCUGAUUCUGAUUCUGAUUCUGAUUCUGACUCCGACUCCGACGACCCAUUGUCUGCAGCUAGAGAGUUGGAUAUUAAGAGGAUUCAGCAAGAAUAUGAGGAAAUAUUGAAAACCGAAGAAGAGCUAAAGGCACAAAGUGAAUUAGAUAAAGAAUUUCAAUUUAUGAUGCAGGAAAGUAUGGUUAGUAGAAAAAACGAAAAAACUACAAGAUCAUUUAUGCCAGCUAUUGAUGUUAGCGAUUUAUCUGUUACUUCUUAUGUGAACAACAAUGCCAACGAAAAUAAUGCCGGCAUUGAUGUUACAAGCAGUGGGGCUACAGAAACUACCAAUGCUCCUGGCAAAGUUCCAUUUAAAUUUUUGACUAGAUCCGGUAAGAAAGUCAAUAGCAAAAAGAUAGAAUUACCCUCUAAUAUAAAAUUUGUUUCUAAUGUUUUGCAAGAAAAAUUGAAAAGAGAAGAUGAGCGUGAAAGAAUCAAAAACUUUGUGUUAAAUAAAAAUUACAAUUAG